GAAAGCCCGCGUGACCACCGGAGAGCCCAAGAGCAGCAGGGGCAGAGGAGGACGCUGCAGCGGCGCCUCGCGCUCAGUCGCGCGGGAGCCCAGGCCGAGGCCGGACCAGAGAGCAAAGCGCGGGGGGGGCGCGCGGGACGACUCGCCGGGCGCGGCGAACGGAGUGGGCGGGGCUUGGGGGCAGCGGGCCCCGUCCCCUGGAGGGGGAGGGUCCGAGAUCACGUGGCCGGGGGAAGCCAUGGAGCGGGAGAAUAGGGCGGCGGUAGCGGGGUUCCCCUUCCCGCCCGCCGCUUCUCGGUCGCCGGCGAAGUUUGCGGCUGACCCCGCCGGAGCCGCAGCCAUGGCGGCGGUCUCCUCCUACGAGAGCUUGGUCCAUGCCGUGGCCGGGGCUGUGGAGGAAGCUGCAUUGAAGAUGAUAAAAGGAACAUGUCUGAACAUGCAGGAUUUUCAGGGCAGUGUGACUGCAAUGACAGUAUUUUUUCCUUUGGAUACAGCUAGACUUAGACUUCAGGUUGAUGAGAAACGCAAAUCCAAGACAACACACACAGUGCUACUGGAGAUAAUCAAAGAAGAAGGCCUCCUGGCACCGUAUCGAGGGUGGUUCCCUGUUAUCUCCAGCCUCUGCUGCUCCAAUUUUGUCUAUUUUUAUACGUUUAACAGUCUCAGAGCUCUCUGGGUCAAAGGUCAACAUUCAACCACAGGAAAAGAUUUGGUCCUGGGGUUUGUUGCAGGUGUCGUGAACGUACUCUUGACCACUCCGCUCUGGGUUGUGAACACACGACUGAAACUGCAGGGAGCAAAGUUUAGAAAUGAAGAUAUUGUACCAACCAACUACAAAGGCAUUGUGGAUGCCUUUCAUCAGAUAAUACGGGAUGAAGGAAUCUUGGCUUUGUGGAAUGGUACUUUCCCCUCCUUGCUGCUGGUCUUCAAUCCUGCCAUACAGUUCAUGUUCUAUGAAGGAUUUAAACGAAAGCUUUUGAAGACACGACUACAGCUUACCUCUUUGGAUGCAUUCGUCAUUGGUGCAGUAGCUAAGGCAGUUGCCACCACCAUCACCUACCCCAUGCAGACAGUACAAUCAAUUUUACGGUUUGGACGGCACAGAUUGAACCCUGAAAACCGGACACUAGGCAGUCUUAAGAAUGUUCUCUAUCUUCUUCGACAGAGAGUAAGGCGUUUUGGAUUGGUGGGACUCUACAAAGGCCUUGAAGCAAAGCUCCUGCAGACCGUCCUCACUGCUGCACUCAUGUUCCUAGUCUAUGAAAAACUGACUGCUGCUACCUUCACAGUCAUGGGAUUAAAGCAUUCACAGAAGCACUGAGAAAGUGAUCUGUGCAGCACAAUGAGCAUGGAAAUAAACUGGGGGUCUGGAGAGGGAGGUCCAAUAUCUGAGGAAAGGCUGGGUAGCAAAGAAUUCUCUCUCUAAGGUCACCUCCUUCUCCGUUACUUUCCAUUCUUAUUGUCUCUGUCUCAGAAGCUGCGUGAAGAGAAGUUUAGAGUGAAGUCCAUAGGAUUUGCUGCCAGCUCUCUUUGUGGUGGCUUGUUCACUGUAUUGACAUUUUGCGACCCAAUUGUAUUAAGAAAUUAAAUGGAAAAGAUUAUUUUAGCACCUGAAAUUAAGAUUUGUUAAUUACUGGAGUGGUUUGGUUGGCUCUUUUAGGAGGAGGGAAUAUUUUAAUGCAUUUAAUUUGCCUUUUUUUCAACUUGCCCUCAGCCAUUCUCCUCCCUGUACUGGCUAUCAGCAGCUCCCUGUCAGGUAUACAUCUCACCUGGUAUUUGGUUCAUUAAAAUAAUUCAUGCAGAA